AUGGUCAAGCUCGUAAUCACAAACUACAGUGCCACGCCUACGAACACGUCCUCCGCCGCGACCCUCACCUCCGAAGUCUAUGCCCCGGAGGUCAAGCUCGACUACGCCGCCUUUUCCGACCCGGAAGGCCCUGCGUGGUCCCUCCCUCUCUGUCCGACACAGCACCUUCUCGCCGGCGUCAUCGUCGACUCCUUUCACCACCCCGGCUGCUGCAACGCCGUUGUCACUGUCUUCGCCUCCCUCGUCCGCGUCGCCGCCCUCGAGGACGAGGACCGUAACCCCUGCCGCAUCCGGUCUUACAUCACCAUCUUCUACCCGCCUGACUUCUCCCGCCCAUUGUCACAGAGGAGAAGAAACAAACAGCGGUGA